CGCCCGCUUCUCUCAUUUCCCUCCUUCCUCCCCCCACGAAGCUAUUUGAGAUUGUUUUUUAAAGGCAGUGCGGCUUUUUUUUUCGGUCGAGAGACUUGGCAACCCUGGACUGUGCUAAUUAAAACGUCAGUUUCACCCUGCCGCUGUCAUGACCACUACUCUGGAAAAUGCCUUUAUCUCCGCAGCUUCAUCUCUAUAUUGGUUGGGAGCGCUGACCGCGGCCUGGCUGUCACUCCGCGCCUGCUGCAUGCUUGCUACCGGCUUUCGUGUGUGGGUGCUGAGGAACGGGCUGCGAGUGGGAUCGCAGCUUGGUAAGUGGGCAGUUGUGACUGGGGCUACAGAUGGAAUCGGAAAAGCCUACGCAGAAGAGUUUGCUCGCAGGGGAAUGUGUGUUGUUCUCAUCAGUAGAUCCCAGGAGAAACUUGAUCAAGUUUCCAAUGAAAUCAAAGAGAAAUUUCAUGUCGAUACCAAGACCAUUGCAGUGGACUUUGGAGAGAAGGAAGACAUUUACAAAAUCAUCGAGUCGGUGCUGGCUGAUCUAGAAAUUGGAGUGCUGGUAAAUAAUGUUGGAAUUUCAUAUGGAUAUCCUGAAUACUUCCUUGACAUUCCGGAUCUUGACAAUAUGAUCAGCAAUAUUAUUAAAAUCAACGUUACAUCAGUCUGCAAGAUGACACAGUUGGUGCUCCCCGGAAUGGUGAAAAGGUCCAAGGGGGUGAUUCUGAACAUCUCCUCGGCUAGCGGCAUGUACCCGGUGCCACUGCUGACGCUCUACUCUGCUACCAAGGCAUUUGUGGAUUUCUUCUCCCGAGCGCUGCAUGCCGAAUAUAAGAGCCGGGGGAUCACCGUGCAGAGCGUUUUGCCCUUCUACGUCGCCACCAAACUGAGUAAGAUCCGCAGGCCGACGCUGGACAAGCCCAGCCCGGAGACGUACGUGCGAUCUGCGCUGGGUACAGUGGGGCUGCAAGAGCAAACCAACGGCUACCUGCCUCACGCAGUGCUGGGCUGGCUGACCACCUGCCUGAUGCCAGUCAAGCUGGUCAUGAAGCAGUCCAUGAAUAUGAACAAGAGCAUUCGGGCCCGCUAUCUGAAGAAGCAGAAGGAAAACUAGAGAAGAACGGACAAAAGCCAAAAAAGCAACAACAGUACGGUUUUUCACUGACUUACAGAACGGUACUGCAAGGCGCUUCAGUUAAAAAGUGGUUUAUAACCCAGUUUAUAACAUGGCGGGAUACUUGGGUUUUGCAUCUUUUUCUUUCUUAAAUGUAGGAAUGGUUUAUAACAUUUGACUUCCUAACUGUUAAUAAACUAAGCUGACUCAUUCAUACAUAA